UUUUUUUUUUCCCUAGUAGUUUUUUUUUUUUCCUUCUUCUUCUUCUUGUCUUUCCAUCCACCUGAUAUUUUCAUACAACAGCUAACAACGCUAGCAACACCUUCUUCAUCUUGUCAAAGUAUGUUGUCACCCAUCAUCAAUCAUCUUACCUCUUCCAAUGUUCAAAACAUGCUUCAUCAUGAUCCAUACAAGUCGAAUCAACAAUAUAAUCUUGAUCCUAUUGAAUGGGAAGAAUCCAUGGUAUCCAAGCUCUCCAUUUCGCCUAUAGUACCACUUAUUGACCUGUAUUUCCAUUUCCAAGAUCUUCCAUCGUUUGUCAAGCACCCAGAUUUUGAUCAUUUCGCGUAUUGUUGGAUGGAAUACCAAUAUAAUCUUGUUGUGAGUAAAGAUUUCGUUUGUCGACCCAAAGUGAUAUGCUGGCUUGAAUCCAUGUCAACUCAACUAGUAUCCAUUGUGACAAGGUACCCUACUGAUUAUCCACAAGAAGAAGAAGAUCCAGAAGCAUCCACUCGUCAUAUCAAGGCAGCCUAUCAACGUCUGAUCCAUCAUAUCAAAGUCCUACACAAACUGCUUCAUCUAUUUGAACAAGGUCGUAUCAUUGGUCAGUCUCCACAAGAAGUCGCUUUGCCAUUCUAUAAUCAAAUCCUUGAAUUCAAAUUAAAUCAACAAUGUCCAAUAUCCGCUCCUUCAUUGGAACAAUAUGUUACCUCUUCAAAUGUCAUGCCAUUGACUACCACAUCUUCGUUUCGAUCCUUGUCUUGUUUGGAAAUGAUUCCAUACUUGAAUGAUUCUUGUGCAUCCUCUCCACAUGUCCAUCCAUUAUCAUUGGUCUUACCAUCCCCUCAUCAGCAACAACAACAACCACAAUAUCAUGAUCAUUAUGGUCUUUUACCUUGGUCCACACCAGUCACACCUAUUGGCACCACCAUGACUUCACCUACUACCUUUUGGUCUUGUCCUGUUAGUCCUUCAUACCAUCGUAAUAACCAUUGUAUACAAAGCAAUUCAUCACCAUCCAUUAAAUAUGAAGAAGAACCAAUCACUCCUAUGGAAUUGGAAGUACCUGUAUAUCCCAAAUUGGAAGAUUACCAAAUCAGUAGCAACAUCAGUACCAGUAGUAGCAACAUCACCAACAAAAAAUAUCAUGAUGAUGAAGAUGAUGAUGAUGAUGAUAGUGAAUAUCAAUAUAGUCAAGAUGAUGAUGAUGAAGAAGAAGAAGAAAAAGAGAAUAUGGAUAAAUGCCGUGCCCAAAAAGAAUCCAAAUUUGCUUUUGUUGACCCAAAAAAGAAAAAACAAAGAAGACCAAAUAGAAAAACAUCAAGACAGACUAAAAGAACCAUUGCCAAACAAACAAUAUCAGGAGGAGGAAGAACAGCCACAUCGUAUGAUGAAGAAACCACCCAUUACUUGAAAACCCUUUUCUUCAGUAUCUAUAGUCGCCAAGAUAAAUUGACCAAGGAACAACGCCGUCAAGUAGUAGAACAUACUGGGUUAAAGCCAAGGAAUAUCACUUAUUGGUUUUCUAAUCAUAAACGUCGGUUUCAUUCUGCCUUGCAAUUGUUCAAGAAACUAUUGGUGGAAAGUGAUGGGAGAAUUCAAACUUAUGAUGACUUUUUGAUAUGGCGACGUGAAAAUGGUUUAUCGGAAGACAUGGCGGAUAAUGACUUGAUAAAUAAUAAUAAUAAUAAUAAAAAAAGCAUAUGAUAUUAGUUAGAUAAAAAAAAAAGUUUUUUU